AUGGCACUGAAGAAUUCAUCUGGAUUCCUCGUCAAUAACAACUGCGUCAUUGGUGUCAAGUUCAUUAAAGUUGUCACCACAAAAGCAAAGACGACAUCAGAGAAACUCUUUGUCAAGAAUACGAGCACCUUGCCCGAGGCCAAAUCUGCUUACACCUGGUGCAUUGUGGACUUCUUUGGAAUGAAGAACCCAGGGUCGAUUCGCCUCGAUAAAGAAGAAAACCACAUCUCCUUGUACCUGAAGAAGAUGAUAAAUGAUCUCCCCGAAGACUAUGCCAUCCUGGUUGAAUUCACCUUAUCCAUCAAAAACCAGGAAGGUCGCAAGCAUUUGAAAACAACAGGCCGGACCCAGUUCUCAAACAAUGUUCGGAUCUGGGGAUGGGAGAACGUUGUUUCAAUGGAGGAUAUCCAGGACUCAUCAAAUGGUUAUCUCAUCAAGACCAAGUGCUGCAUUGAGGCUGAGGUCAAAAUCGUUGGCUCCUCUAGGAUGAAGUAG